AUAGUGGUCCACUCAAUAGUUGUAGGCUUUGUUUGUUCUUUUCCUCUGUAUUCAAAAACACCCCAAUCUCUUCACAGACACAGAGAGAAACUGUCUCUCAUCAACAAAUCUUAGCCUUAUAUCCUCUUCUAUAUGCAUCUCCCGUGACCACUCUACCUAAAACCCCUCUUUCUCUUUCUUUCUAUAUAUUUAUACAUAUACCAAACCCUAAAACCCUUCUGAAUUCCUUUAUUUAAAUACCCUCAUUUCCAUUCUUAGAUAUUUCCCAUUUUUCAAAGUGCUUUCUUGAAUUCAGUGCUUCAUCUUCUUCCUUAGCUCAAUUCUUGGCAAAUCCAAGCAAAUUCUCUCUUUCUUGAGUUUUGACUUGAUGAUAUUGUGGUUUGCAGUUUAUCCAUUGUCCAUUUGUUUUGUUUGGUGAGUUUGAAGUCAGUUUUUAAUGUUAGAGCUGAAAAGUGUUUAGCUCAUUGACUUUCUUUUUUUAUAAAAAUGCUUUGGGUAGUUUGGUUUUUAGUUAAAAAAGAGUGUACUUUUUAGGGUUUAAGGUCUGUUAUUGUACUGUUUUGGUUUAUGUCCUUACAAAAACAUAGUACUUUCUUGGAAAACUUCACCAAAACCAAUACAAUCUUGCCAAUUGGUGCUUUUUCUCUAGCUUCUUCUUUGUUCUUUUCCAAUUUGGAUGCUCAUUUCUGAAUUGCAGGCCUAGAGAAUUCACCUGAUUUUUGAGAAUUAAAUCUGACUUGCUUAACAAGGUUUUCAAGAAUUCAUCAUUGAAUUCCAAGAAUUGUCUUUUGUUUCAACAAUAACAAUAAAUCAAGUAUAAUCCCAUGAGUGGGGCCAGGGAGGAUAGUUUGUAUGUGCAGGCCUCACCCUUACCUUUGAGAGGGUAAACAGGCUGUUACCAAUUGAAGAAUUGUUUUUUGUUUUAAUUCUUGAAUUUCUUCUCUGUUUUCCCCUGUUUCUCUUUUAGCACAAUGUCUUCUUGGUUAAGUGGUGGUGGAAGGGCAGCUUAUAAAUUGGAUUUAGAAAUUAUAAAAUCUCCAUCUACUUCUUGGACUUCACAAUCAUCGUCACCUUCUUCAACUCUUUCAGAAUCUAGCAAUUCUCCUAUUGCUAUUUCCACAAGAAAACCUCGAACCCCUCGGAAAAGGCCAAAUCAAACUUACAAUGAAGCUGCAGCUCUUCUAUCCACAGCCUAUCCUAAAAUAUUCAACACAAAACACCUCACUAAGCCUUGGAAAUUCCCAAAGCCACACUAUCCCUUGUUAUAUGAAUCCUCAGACUUAGUUGUGCCUUAUAAAGUGGUCGAAAAUUCGGGGUUUUUACUCCAUCCUCCAUUGCUAGAAAAACCCAAUUGCCCAAUUGAGCAAAGGUUAAUAAGUCGUUGUGACAAACCAUGCCAAAGUCCAGGAGAAAUUGACUCCAAAGGGAAUAGUUUUUUAGAGGUUUGUGAUGAAUUUCAAGAAGAUUUUGAUGAAGAGUCUAUUUUGGAUGAGGAAAUUGAAGAGGGUGUCAUUGAUAAUAUUAUGGGGAAGCUAAAUGUGGAGAAUGAAUCAACAAAUGAGUCCAAUUUUAGUUAUAGCAGGCACCAACAUAAUUUUGGUGGUACAUGUUAUGGUUUUCCAAUAGGAUUAGGAUUCGAAAAUGGAUACCUCCAAUAUGAUUUUGGCAUGAGAAAUGGAGCGCGACCAUUGAGAAAUGUUGAUGAUGGGGAUUGGUGGAGGUAUCCUAGUGUAAAUGUCAUCGACAUUACUCCUAAAUUUAGCAAACCACCGAUACAAAAGAAGAAGAAGAAAGUUGAGAGACUCGUGGAGUUGAGGAGCUCUAAACCAUCAUCAGCAAAAGAUAAAUCGACUCCAAAGAGGACGAACAAGGAUAAUUCGAGUCAAUCAACCAAAGAAGAGGUUGACGUGCCAAAACCAAAAUCCGAGUUGCUCCUAAAAUUGAACUACGACAACGUUUUGCACGCAUGGUACGAUAAGGAAUCGCCGUUCUCCGAUGAGAUGCCGGGAUCGGAGGCUGCCGGAAAUGAUGUCCAAGCUAGAUUGGCACAAAUAGACUUAUUCUCAGAGAAUGGAGGCAUGAGAGAGGCCGGUGUGUUACGUUACAAAGAAAAACGACGUACACGUGUGUUCAUUAAAAAGAAUUUCACCAAGUUAGAAAGUCAACACUGAUCGAUCAUAAUGAAGGGUAGAUUUGUGAAAAGCCCUUCACCAAAGACUGAGCUAGGAUAACCAAGAACAAGCUUUUUUUGAAUGAUUUUUCCAGCGUUCUUAGGUUUUUUUCCCUUUUCUUUUUUGGGUAUUUGCAGUUUUUCCCCCUCCAAUUUCAGGUUUUUUCUUUUAAAGUUUUUGCAAAGUUACAUUUAGAACAAAGUACCAAGGAAGAUAGACUAGUUAAGACAAGCAUCAUGAAGCAGAAUAGUUGAACUUUCUUUUCCUGUUAUUUUUAUUUUAUUUUUCUUCUCCAA